AACCGUUCAACGGCCAUGGCGUCGCUUGAGGCCCGAGCUGGGGCCUCCCGGCCUCUCCCUCCCCGCGCGCCCGGCUCCCCCGUUUUCCUCACGGUGGAGAUGCAGGCGGGCGGGGAGCCGCUGCGGGUGGUUCCUCUGGGCGGCCUGGGCCCCUUGGAGCCCCCCCGGGACCUUCCCCUGCUUGCCCGCCGCCGCCUCCUCCUGCAGCGCCCGGAGCUGGACGCGGCCCGGCGGCUGCUGAUGCACGAGCCCCGCGGGCACCGCGACAUGUACGGGGCGGCGCUGGUGCCCAGCGAGCUGCCGGGCGCCGCCUUCGGGGCUCUCUUCGUGCACAACGAGGGCGGCAGCGCCAUGUGCGGCCACGCCGUCCUUUGCCUCGCCCGCUUCGCCCUCGACUACGGGCUCUGCCCGCCGCCGCCUCCGGGACCCGACCAGGCCGCCGCCGUCGUCAUCCACUGCCCCUGCGGGCCCGUCACCGCCUUCGCCACCUGGGACGGCCAGCGCAGCGGCAGCCGAGUCCGCUUCCACAGCGUCGCCGCCUUCGCCGCCGCCACCGAUUUAACCGUUGAUGUUCCUGGCUAUGGAAAAGUAGUUGUGGAUGUUGGAUAUGGCGGCACUUUCUAUGCAUUUGUCAGUGCUGAUCGAUUGGGACUUGAUCUUUCUUCUUCAAGGAUUAGGGAUCUAGUAGAUGCAGCAUCUGCAGUAACUGAAGCAGUAAAGGCUCAGUUCAAAGUUCACCAUCCUGAGAUUGAAGACACGGCUUUCAUUUAUGGGACUAUCCUGACAGAUGGGAAAGAUGCAUUUAGUGAUGAACCAACAAGCAACAUAUGUGUGUUUGCAGAUGCACAGGUUGACCGAAGUCCUACCGGGUCGGGUGUGACAGCUCGCAUUGCUCUACAAUACCAUAAAGGACUCAUUCAGCUGAACCAGACCAGGACCUUCAGAAGCAGUACAACUGGUUCCCUGUUCACUGGAAAAGCAAUAAAGGAAACCAAAUGUGGCGACCACAAUGCUGUUAUUGUAGAAGUCUCUGGAGAAUCCUUUUAUACUGGAAUGUCAACCUUCACUUUUGAGGAGGAGGACCCACUGAAAUACGGUUUCUUUCUUAAGUGACUGUGCUACUAUACUGCUUCCAAUAACCCUGUUUACUUUGA